AUGUGUAAUAUGUGUACCCGUGACGUGAGAGAAUCGGCCCCGGCACCGGUGGCGCCGGCGCACGCACCCUCGCGUGCCUUAGACAGAAUGAAGAAGAAGCACAAUAUUGUGACUGAUCCCCACUGUUCGGAGAAACAGAAGGAGGUGGAGUACCAGCCAGACCUCCUGGCUGUGUCCACCAAGUACACCAAGAUCUGCUACGACCACUUCAAGCAGGCCCUCGUUCGGGUGCAAGAGACGAAAGCAUACGUUAUCGCCACUAAAACGACGCAGCCCUUCCACGUAGCCCUUGCAGUGGUGGUCCUCCUAGCAUGGCUCAGUCGGCCAGGAAACGGUUCCAUAAGCGCCAUCCGUGGCUGGAGAGCACUCUACGUAGCAUCUGUCGCGACACACUUCGGAGCACAAGUCUGGAUGACCCUGGUCUCGGGUAUAGUCCUAUACUUCAACCUGCCGCGACAUGAGUUCGGUCGAGUGCAAACAGUUUUGUUCCCCGUGUACUACGCCUUCAACGCGGUCAUCAGCCUGUUGGCUCUGAUUGCUUACUACAGGACGCAGUGCCUCACUCACUUUGAACAUACUUCUUGGGUACAGCUAGCACUUCUGCUAGCAGUAUUCAGCAUUGAAUCCUUCGUGCGCCUGCAGCUGGUGCGACCCAUGCUGCGCGCCAAGCAUGUCAAGACACAGAUGGAGGAAGCAGCAGGUGGCGGACAAGAGGUCGGUCGCCUAAUUCUAGGUGAACUCGCACACUGUCCCCGCUACCUUCGUGUCCUGAGGACUUUCAGGGCCUACCACUCGAGUAUAGCCAUGGGCACCAUGAUAGCCCUCGGCUGCUCAUUAUACUCCACCAUGAUCAUAGUCGACUCCAUGUGCCGUUAA